AUGUACGACGUGCGGUCCAUCGUCCUGGCCCUGCGCUACCACGGCGUCCCCUUCCUCGUCCUGGCCCUCAUGGUCGCGUCCUACUCCUGGUCCGUCGAGGCCUGGACGUCCGUCGUCAACGAGAACCGGGCGUCCCUGGGCGUGAGCAUCCGCGGCUUCCGCUGGGUCCGGGGCAUGGCCGGCGACGGGCUCCAGGUCUGCAAAGGCGCGACGAAGAGCCUGACGACGCUCUACGAGCUCCACACGGACCUCGCCUACGAGUACGUCGGCGGCACGCGCGUGGCGCUGGACUCGUGCCUCGGGAGCGCCGAGCUGCGGGACGUGUCGGCGUCGGGCGCGUCCGAGGCCGCGGCGAAGGCGCGCGCCUUGCUCGGCGCGGUCGAGGACGCGGUCGAGGCGACGCUCGCGUACGUCGCCGAGGCGACGCUGGACGUCUGCGUCGAGGCGGAGGACGACGACGACGCGCUCGACGACCUCGCGUUUCUGGAGCAGCAGCUCGACGAGCCCUGGGACGACGCCGCCGCCGCGCCGACGCCCGCGCGGCGGCGCCUCGGCGACCCCUGCGACGUCGACGUGUCCGUCGACGCCUUCGAGGAUCUCGCGAAGCUGUCGAAGCGCACGAUCUCGGGGGCCGUCGCCUACGUCACCGCGCUCGAGAAGUUCUGCCGGCGCGCGAAGAACCGCUUGGAGGGCGGCAACGGCUUUUUGCUCUUCGGCGCGCCGCCGAACGCGCUCGCCUUCUUCUGCGACUGGUUCGAGGCGACGGCGGCGACGACGCAUUCCGUCGUCAACGCGACGGCCGUCGCCUUUGGGAACGCGUCGUCCGCGUACGCGGGCGCGUUUUCCCGCGUCGGCGCGGUCGGCGACAACGGCGCGGGCUCGCCGGCCAUGGCCUGGGUCGACGGCCUCGCGCCGGCGACGCUCGAGGCCUUCCUCGACGACGUCCUGGAGACGGCCGACGCCGUCGACGACGCGCUCGCGCUGCUGCCGUACCUCGACGCGUCGACGCUCGCCGCGGUGCAGACGCGCUACGUCUGCGGCGUCGCGCUGAGCGCGUUCUCCGAGCUGCGCGUCGAGACGGAGCGCAGAGCGAUCCGGACCUACGCGCGCGUCAGGGACGGCGCGUCCGACGCGCUCGCGGAGCUCUACAAGAUGGCGCUCCGCGCGUCCGGCGUGACGCGCUACGGAAGAACGCAAUUGGCGCGGGCCAAGUCCUACGCGGCCCUGACGAAGGACGUCAUCGACUUCUCCUUCGACGCCGUGUCGACGGUGAGCGACCGGGAGCUCGGCCUGCGGCGCUACGCGGCCUGGGUCUACGCGUUCGUCUUCGGCUGCAACGCGUGCCUCCUCGCGAUCCCGGACCUGCUGGCGCGCACGGCGGGCAAGGGCCGCAAGGGGAGCCACUUCGCGCUGCCGGUCUACGUGCUGCAGCGGUCCUUCGAGGUCGCGAACUUCCUGCUCGUCCUCCUGAUGACCUUUUUGCUCGUCGCGGCGGCCGUCUUCCUCGAGUGGCCCUUUCGGAACGUCUGUUCGCACACGCGGUCCGCGAACGUGUUGCUGCGCCAGGCCGUCUGGGCCCUCUUCGACAAGGCCGGCGACCUCGCGACGGCCAUGUUCUCCUCGAAGACCGUCGCGUCCCUGCUCGACGACGUCGACCUGAGCGUCGAGAUGACGUGCGACCUGAGCGACGGCUACCGCGGCGACGCGCGGGGCGUGUUCUGGGCGGCGCUCGUGGCCUGGAUGGUCCAGUUCUACCUGUGGUACUACAUGAGCUUCCGCUUCUACCUGUCGACGCACCACGCGCUGCGGAAGGUGCUCGACGACGGCGAGACGACGCUCCUGGACCUCAUCAUGGACGACGAGGACGACGACGAGCGCCGCAAGGUCGACAAGGCCAUCGACCGCCUCCCGAAGCGCGUCGGCGACCGCGUGAAGCGGUCCAAGGUCCUCGAGAAGCGGUGCCCGAUCGAGCUCGCGGCGCGGCGGAAGCGGCACGCGACGUUGCGCCUCGCGCUCCGGGCCGUCGACUUCCUCGACGACGCGCUCGACGACGCGGCGACGGGCGCGCUCAAGGCCGUCGACGACGCGGCCAGGGCGACCGCGGACGCCGCGGGCGCCGCGGCGGCGGCCGCGCUCGACGUCGCCGACGACGCGGCUUUCGGCGCGAGCUCGUGCAGGGGCGGGUCGCCGAAAUACGUGCUCAGCCCGCCCACGGGCUUCCAGGGCGCCGGCGUCCUCGCGCGGCGCUCGCGCGCUCUCCGCGGCGGUCGCGGCGGCUCGCUGUGGCGCUGCGGCGUCACCUGGAGCCACGCGGACCGCGCCCGCGAGCCGCUCCGGUCGAAGAGCGUCGUCGUCGACACGUCGAAGCGCGCGGGGUGGUUCACGGGCCCGCGCCGCGCGCGCUCCUUCUUCUCCUUGCGCCGGCGCUCGCGCCGCUUCUCGAGGCGCUGCUCGUGGUCGUGCUGGCGCUUGACGACGCUCAUCUCCGUCAGAAUGCUCAUGAAGGAGGCCUGGGAGGCCACGGACGCCUCGUCCCAGCAGGACCGCUUCGACGACGACGCCAUGGACACCUAG